UUUGAUUGUGCGACAGGCCGCGGCGCAAGCAGCUCUCAACGAGAGCAACACUGUCUCACACGAGACAACGGGUGGGCAAAAGCACCAACCGAGAGCCCCUUAACGUCCGAAUAACGUCGGAAACCUCGGGAAAGAAGAAAGGGGAGCGUGUAGGCACAGAAGAGCUUCAAGUCCCGUGCAAGUCGAGAGGAAAUUGUUGAAUGCUAGCUACCACGUUAGUUACCUAACUAGCUAUCGUUAGCAAGCUAGCGAGCCAGUUUUUGUAAUCCGCCGGCCACACACUCGGCUCGGAUAUACUACAAAACAGGCCAAACCCAGACAUACGACAUACUAGAAGAAGAGAGACCGGCUGUGACAGCGAUCUGAAAGUACUUGGUGAAGGCAAGCAAAGCAAGGAACAAAGGAACAAAUCUGGACAUCUGAUAUCUGCCUAGAGGAGGCUGGUUCUGGGGGUGAGACCAGAGGACCAGACUCAAUGAGUUUCCAGCGAAAUGUCAGAGAAGUCAGGGCAGAGCACCAAGGCAAAGGAUGGCAAGACCAAGUAUGCAACCCUUAGCCUCUUCAACACGUACAAGGGCAAGUCUCUGGAGACCCAGAAAACUGCAGUGGCUGCCAGACAUGGGCUCCAGAGUUUGGGUAAGGUUGCUGUCAGUCGGCGUAUGCCCCCCCCUGCCAACCUGCCCAGCCUGAAGGCAGAGAACAAGGGCAACGACCCCAACGUUAACAUUGUCCCCAAGGACGGCAGCGGCUGGGCCUCCAGACCUGAGGGAGGAGACGAGAGGCAGUCCGAGACCCCCCCACUCCAGCCUAACCCAGGGCCCCCCCAACCCCCAGAGGUCUCGUCCUCUGUAGGGGGCAGCAGAUCCUGGGCCAACAGCAAGCCGCCACCACCACAGCUAGACGGAGGAGCCCCUCGUGUGAGCAGCCAGUUCCACCAGGAGUUCCCCAGUUUGCAGGCGGCCGGGGAGGCGGAGAAAGGGGAGGGGCAGGAGGAAGAGCCUUAUGGACCUGGACCCAGCCUCCGACCUCAGAAUGUUGGUAGUUGGCGUGAGGGCGGGGGCAAGAAUCUGACCACAGCAGCCAGCCCUUCUGAGAUGGACAGCCAUGGGUCAGAGGAGGGAGGGGCAGUCCUCAGCACCCCAUCACCCCCUGGGGAGGUGGAGGAGGGGAGCAGGGUGCCCCCUAGUGAAAAGCGAGAGGUCAGGGAGCGGCUGCUCCUGUCUGCCAAGCCUGCACCCCUCUCCUCUCAGCCCAAGCUACAACCCCCCUCCUCCUCCUCUGUGCCAGCCCAGCCUAAACUCAACGGGGGCCAGCAGGCCCCUGCCGGUGUGCCUCCCCAGUUCCACCCCCAGUUCAGGGGCAUGAUGCCACCCUACAUGUUCAAUGCGUAUCCUAGGAUGCCCUUUGCUCCAGUGCCAGGGAACAUCAGAUACCCUGUUCCACAGGAUGGAGCCAGGAGGGUCCGUCCCCAACAGGGGCCCCCCCAGGCCUGGAUCAAGGACCCAGACAGACCCUCAAUCAUCAGCGCCACAGAGCUCAAAGAGCUUGACAACCUGGACACAGAGGCUGACGAGGGCUGGGCUGGAGCUCAGAUGGAGGUCGACUACACAGAGAAACUUAACUUCAGUGACGACGAGGAGAACCAUGCCGCCAAGGAGAAAGGAGAAAACUGGGAGUGGAUGGGUAAAGUGGAGCGGAUGAGGCCGCAGCGCCCCUCAGACGGCCAUGAGGGCAGCAAAGGCUCAUGGGUAGAUGGAAGGGACCCCAGGGCGCCCUCCCCAGGCAGUAAGGGGGCGUACAAGACCGGCCCACCACAGGACCACCAGGGUCAGCCAGGUGGGCGCUCGGUGGGCAGCGGAGCCCCUCGCGUGGCUAAACCCUCCACCACUGCGCCCCCUGCUGGCGAGGAGGAGUGCGAAGCCUGGCGCCAGAAACACAAGAAGCAAGACCUGUCUGAAGCGGUAGAAAGAGCCAGGCGGAGGAGAGAAGAGGAGGAGAGGAGGAUGGAAGAGCAGAGACUCGCCGCCUGCGCAGAGAAACUGAAACGCCUCAAUGAGAAACUCCGCCCGGCGACAGAGGCAAAGCACGGCCCUGCCGCCGAGACAACCAAUGAUGAGACGGGAGCUGUGCGUGAAGGCACACCUCAUUUGUCUGUUCCUCCCCCUGUGUCCAGCCCUACACCUUCACAGCCUGCCCCUUUCUCACAGCCCCCGAACAUACCAGCCCCUCUCCAGGACAGAGAGAGGGUGGAGAGGGAAAGGAUUGAGAGGGUGGAGAGAGUAGAGCCUAGUGCGGAGGAGGAGAGUCCAUUUGUGCCUCGCCAGCCCAGCCCUCCAGUCCAGAGACCAUUGUCCAUACCCCCAGAGCCUCGGCUCGGAGAGGGCCCCCUGGGCCUGGUGGGUCCCCUGGGCUUGGUGGGCCCCCUGGUGGAGGAAAGCCACACUGAGAGACUGACUCCCAUGCCUAUCCGAGACUACUUAAGCACCGAUGAGAGCAGAGUGGAGGAACCUGUGCCCCUCUCUCUGCCCCGUAUGGACCCCCUCAGUGGAGAGGACGCCCCUGUGGCCCCCCUGGACCUUGAAGGAGAGGCGGGGGCUGCCAUGCGCCCCUCUCUCACCUUGGGGUACUCUAAACAGUUCCAGAAGUCUCUUCCCCCGCGCUUCCUCAGGCAGCAGGAACAGAUGAAGCAGCAGCAGUGGCAGCAGCAACAGCAGCAGGGUGGUGGGGCUGUGUCCCCAUCAGGAGGAGGUGCGGGUGGAGGAGGUGUAGCUGCCCAGCAGCAGCACCGCUCCCUGUACCAGCCCGUCGCCCCCCCUCACCAUCAGCAGCACCUGGCUAAUAUGGGCUUUGACCCCCGCUGGCUCAUGAUGCAGUCAUAUAUGGACCCCCGCAUAAUGUCUGGAAGACCACCGCUCGACAUGCCAAACAUGCAUCCUGGACCUGGGCGGAUGCCUCCUAAGCAGAUAGUUCGUAGAGAGCCAGGGGACAACUCCAGCUCCAGUUCUGACUCCUUCGACCACCUGACCAGGCCCAUACGGGACCACAGUCUCCCCUCUGAACCGCGCGUAGUAUGGGGGUCUGACCCAUACCCCCAAACUGAACCCCUGCCCUCUGUCACACCCCCUAAAGCACGGGAGGACAAGGAUACCAGAUUGGACUCUGGGUUGGAGCUGGAACGGGGUCUCCCAGCCAUGUACGCCAGCCAGGACCACGGUCCCCUGGAACCCCACGGCAAGACCAACUUUUUCAGAGACUCCACAGAGCCCCUGUCAGUGUUGGGCCCCGGCCCUGAGGAGGCUCCAGAAACCCUGCAGAAAGAAGGAGGGCCUGGUGGGUCUCCCUUUGAGCCAGUGGAGCCUGGCCUGCCCACUGGAGAGGUGGAGGCUCUGGGACAGGCCAUGCUACAGAGAACCAUCUCCCAGGGCUCCAGCCACUCCCUCAAACUGGAUGAGCCCAGGUUUGACAACCUCCCCCUGGGCACAAAGACACUUGAGCUCCAAGAUCCAGAGGAGAGGCCAGGCGCGGAAGAUAUGAAGGCCAGUAAAGAGCCUUUCUCCCAGGCUGCUGUGGCCAACAACAGGGCCACCCCUCCAGCUGAUGGCCUCCAAAAGCCAGAGAAGCUGCCCCUGCCGGCCACCAGCAAGCAGAAAGCUGAGCUGCGCUGGGGAGGGAGGUCUGGGGCCGGCCGGCGGGACGGGCCAGGGGGAGAGAGGCCUGUACGCAGGUCUGGACCCAUUAAGAAACCUGUACUCAGAGACAUGAAGGAAGAGAGAGAGCAGCGGGAGGAGAGAGAGCGACACCGUGAGAGAGGAGAAAAAGGGGAGAGACCCAAGAAGAAGGAGGAGCGAGGAGGAGGGAAAGCUGUCUCUGCGGCUGCUGCUGUGUCUGAGGGCCCCAGGGACAGACCCCAGGGAGAAAGAGAGAGGGACAGACCCCAGGGAGAAAGGGAGAGGGACAGACCCCCCCAGGGAGAAAGGGAGAGGGACAGACCCCAGGGGGAAAGGGAGAGAGAAAAGGCCAGGGAGAGGGAUGGGAAGAGUGAGGCCCCUGAGACAGAGGGGUCUGGGAAGGGCCCCCAGAGAUCCAGAGACACACAUGUCCUGUCAGGAGCCCCGACACUACCCUCCCAGGACCACAAGACAGACCAACUACCGACCAAUGACAAACACCCUGAACCUAAAUUACCCUCUAGGAAGGAGUCCAACCUGCCUCUACGGGCCUACCGCCGUGAGGAGAAGGAAAGAGACCGGGAGAGAGAGAUGGAAAGGGACAGAGAGAGAGACUGGCCGGCUGAUGGUUUUAGAGGCAGAGGGGAGUACUACUCUCGAGGACGGAGUUUCCGGGGGACUUACAUUGGUCGAAGUAGAGGUGGCCGGGGUCGUAGUCGAGGGGAGUACCCUUAUCGGGAGCCGCGCUCGCGCUCAGACCUCCCUUCCGCCGGUGGCGCCGCUGCCUUCCGCUGCCGUGAAGAGAGCGAGACGCGCAGCGAGAGCUCAGACGUCGAGGUGAUGCCCAAACGCAGACGGCGUCGUGGCUCCGAUACCGACUCAGAGAGCGAAGGAGGACGGGAGUCCGCUAGCGACACAGGGGCUUCAGACCGUGAGCCCAGCGCCAAACCACCCCGGCCGCUCCGCAGUGAACUACCAGGAGAGCCCCGCUCCGGACCACACAAACCUAGCAUCGGACCCCAUCACCUGGGGGAGAAAGGAGGGCCCAGGGGAGGAGAUGAGGGAAGGCCCAAGCCAGGCUUCCUGCCCAAAGGAGAUCCUUCACGGCGGGGGAGAGGGGGACUUUUCAGCAGACGAGGGGGGGCCAGGGAGAGAUUAGGUCCUAGGUCAGCUCCACUUAGUCGACCAGGAACCAGAGAGUCAUCCUCCCAGUGGCCCUCUAAACCCAUGGAGACCUUCCGCCCCGAGGACACAGAACCCUCAUCAUCACGCUAUGACAACCGGGACACCCACUCUGACCAACGGCCCAUUCGAGGAGACAGAGACCGACCGUUCGAGGGGAAGAAGUUUGGGGAGGGGGGACCCCAGAGUAGCAGAGACAGAGAGAGGCCCCGUCGCCCUCGGCCAGCCCGACCCCCCAGACAGGACAAACCCCCCCGCUUCCGGAGGCUGAAGGAGAGAGAGGCUGCUGUCUUAGCUGGAGGAGAGACAGGACCCACCUCCACUGCCCCUCUCCCAGCCUUAGUGCCUGGCCCUGUCUCUGUGUCCCCUACCCUCUCCAGAGCUCCAAGGACCCCCGUCACCCUGCCUGUAGAGGGGGAACCCACAGCUGCUGACCUGACCUCUGACCCAGCCCUGCCUGAGGCUACCCCUCCCACCACCUCUGCCGUGGGCACCAAGUCACCUGACCUGUCCACGCAGAACUCUUCUGACCAGGCCAACGAGGAGUGGGAGACGGCGUCGGAGAGCAGCGACUUUAACGAGCGUAGAGAACGGGAGGAGAGGAGGGGAGCGCGAGAGGCUGCUAGCGCCACUGCCCAGCCCUCGGCCCCAGCCCCUCUACCCCCUCAGAGCUCAGCACCCCCCAGUAGGACCCCCACCGAGGGAGGGGUGACGCCCAAACGUGAGUCAGCCGGGCCCGCUGGGGGCAGGAGGAGUUUCUCCAGUCAGCGUCCGGUAGAGAGGCAGAACCGCUGGGGGAACAGCGGACCCAAACCAGGCCGCGGCUACGCAGGGGGGAAGGGAGAGAGGAGAGGAGGGGGCAAGGCUGGACGCAGAGGAGCGGCCCCUAACCCAGACUCAGCCCCAGGUGGGGGAGUGGUGCGUACUGGGGGUAAAGACCCUGCUGGACGCAGGAAGGACGAGACCAAACAAACCAAACAGAAACCCAAGGAGAAGGAGAACGCUCUGUUGCAGUUUGACCUAAACAACUAUGCCAGUGUGGUGAUCAUAGAUGACCAUCCAGAGGUGACGACCUUAGAGGACCCCCAGUCUAACACUACAGACGACGGCUUCACUGAGGUGGUCUCACGCAAACAACAGAAACGACUACAGGAUGAGGAGAGGAGGAAGAAAGAGGAGCAGACCACACAGCACUAUGGGAAGAAAGGAUCAGGGGAAAAGGGGAGGGGAGGAGGCAAGCUGCCUCCAAGAUUUGCCAAAAAACAACAGCAGCAGCAUCAACAACAAGCAUCACAACAACCACAGCAAGCCUCAAAGCCGCAGCCUCAACAGCCCUCACCUCCCCCCCAACAACCCCAGCCCCCCCUCUCUGCCUCCAAGCUCCCGCCCCCCUCCCAGUCUGCUGCCUCUCCCCAGACUCUGGAGGGCUCUGUGGCCACCCUACCCCCUGCCCCGACCCCCAUCACCGUGGACUUCACCUCCAAGACCCCCCUUCCCCCCGUGGCCCUGCUCACGCAGCCGCACAGCACUCUGGGUACGGAACUCUGGGAGAACAAGGUGGCCGGAUCCACCAUUCUCCCAGACGUCAAGAAACUUGGACCUAUCAGCCCUCCUCAGCCUCCUUCAGUCAGUGCCUGGAACAAACCUCUCACAUCCUUCACUGGGACUGUCACUCCUGAGGGAGUGAAGCCUGGCUCAGAAGGCAGUGUGGAUCUAGGGAUGGACAGUAUCCAGUUUGGAGCCCCAUCCUCAGCUGGCAGUACAGACAGCGAUGGUGUACUAGCCAUGCUUGAGCCUGGACCUGACAACAAACUACCUGCUCCUAAAGAACAGAGACAGAAACAGCCUCGUGUCGGGCCUAUCAAAACACAGAAGCUCCCUGACAUGGAGCCAGUAGAGCCUAAGGAGUACAAGCCUGGCCCUAUCGGUAAAGAACGCUCCCUGCGAAACCGCAAGGCUAAGGACGUCCGCGGGGGGGAGGGAGAGGGUCUGGAUGGGGGGGUAGUACCAGGAGGAGGGACCAGCAGAGCAGUAGACUCCAGCCCCACCAACACAGACACCUCUGUUCCUGAGCUGGGGGGCGAUAUCGAGGGGAUGAUCACCAUACCCUCGGCAGAGUAUGCCUGCAGCUCCAAGGAGUCAGUGACCGACUACACCACCCCCUCGUCCUCUCUGGCUGACAGUGUUCCUACUGGAGGGAGUAAGAUGGAGGAGAGCCUGGUGGCCAAUGUGGCCCUGCCCCACUCUCUGCCUCUCCCUCGUAGAGAGGCCUUACAGCAGACCUCCAGCCUCAGUACUGUCUCUCCUGCUUCUGUUGACCUCACACUGAAGAUGGAGUCAGCCCGUAAAGCGUGGGAGAACUCCCCGAGCCUGGUAGAGAAGAGUUCUCCUGUCAGCUCCUCUUCUCCUAUCACCUCCUGCACCUCCUCUUCCUACUCCUCCUUCUCCUCUGCCUCCAUGCCUCAGAUACCAGUAGCCUCUGUCACACCAAGCACCUCUUUGACAGGUGCUGGGACAUACACCACGUCCUCUCUGAGCACUAAGACCACCGCGGCCUCUGAUCCCCCCAACAUCUGCAAGGUGAAACCCCAGCAGCUGCAGGCUGGAUCCAUAGGCGGGACCAACUUCUCCCAGCUGGGCUGUGUGGCCCCCCUGCUUCCCCAGCAGCAACAAACUCCACAGGUCUACGUCUCCCAGUCUGCAGCAGGCUCUGCAGCCCAGAUUCCAGCGUUCUACAUGGACACUAGUCACCUGUUCAGCAACACCCACCCCCGCCUGGCACCUCCCCCUCUGGCACAGCACCAGCAGCAGGGCUACCAGCCUAGACUCUCACAGCAGCAGGCGGCGGUGCAGCAGAUUCCUAUCCCAAUCUAUGCUCCCCUACAGGGGCAGCACCAACACACACAUCAACACACACACUCUCACCAGGCCCAGCUAGGCCUCAGCACCGGACCUCCCGUCUCCCAGCCACAGGACCUCUUCAGCUCCUCACUGCAGCCUUACAGAUCUCAGCAGGCCUUUAUGCAGAGCAGCCUGUCCCAGCCCAGUCCCAUGAUGUUAUCAGGGCCAUCUCUCCACAGCUACCCCGGGGUUGGGGGACCUGACCUGGGCAAGCCCCAGUCCAGCCUCGCCUACCAGCAGCCCUCCAACACACACACACAGCACAUCCCAAUCCUGUUUGAACCACAGCUCAACCAGCCCUCUGGCAUGGGAGGUUCCCAGCUGAUAGACACACACCUACUGCAGGUAUGGAAGCGUCAGGGGAUGAGUCCACAUUCUAACCUGUACUCAGGACAGGUGCAACAACACGGACAGAGCAGUUACUAUAGUAACACACAGUCUCCUAGCUCUGCCAUGCAGCAGGUGCAAGUCCCAAUGCCAGGCUCCCAGCUCGGUCUUCCUAACUAUGGUUCCGGGGGCGGCCAGCCCCUCCUGGCGCUGCCCCCCACCCCUCCCCAGGCCCAGCCCCCCAACCUCAGCCGCCAGCCCCCGGUCUCCCAGCCCUACAGGGGACCCUUCGGACCCACUCACACACACAGCAUGAUGCAGCCCCCCUCCAGCAAGAUGUGUGAGAUGGACAUGAAGCUGUUUGGCAGUGGGAUGGACAUGAAGCCUGGGACUCCUCCUCACAGCACUAGGAGCACCACCCCUACACCUAGUCCUUACAGGGCCAGCUCUACGUCUCCCAGCAGCCAGUCCAGUAAGAUGAGCAGCAUGCUGUACCAGAAACAGUUCCAGCCCAGCUCUGCUGCCAUGAGGAUCACACAGCACUUCCCUGUACAGUUCAACCCACAGAUGAUGUCCCAGCCCAACCUGGUCUCUCCUCUGGUACGCCCUCCCCCCCACACCCAACAUGCUAACUCAUUUGGUGGAGGGAUGCAGCGUUCACCUAUGGGCCCGCCCCCCAUGUCUCCCUCUCUGGGAGGGGGUUUGAUUCCUCACCCCCGGCCGCCACCGCAGCAGUUCCCCCAGAUGCACCCCUCCCACCCCCCCAGAGGGCCUCUUCCCCCCCUUGCACCCAGAGGCCCACCGGGUCCCCGAGGCAACCAGGCAGAGCAGGACCUCAAGGCGAAGCAGCGAGCGGAGGUGCUCCAGUCGACUCAUAAGUUCUUCUCAGAGCAGCAGCAGCUCAAGGCUCCGUCAGUCUCCAAACCCUCUCGUCUCGACCAGGGGGGCGGCAAAACCCCCCUCGACAUCCUGCCCCCCAACCACCAGACGGUGGGAGUCGUUGAGCGCCCUGAGCCCGACAAACCCUCCCUGUCAGCGGGCAAGCCCAUCCGCACCGGCCCCAUCAAGCCCCAGGCCAUCAAACCAGAGGAGGGGAAGUAGAGCCUCACAUCUCCACAGAUGGAGGGAUGGAGGAGAUGAUCCAGCUGCUCCACUUAUUCAUGUAAUCACUCGCUCUCACACAUCACCCUCGCUGGUGUUAGAGAGGCAGAGAAAGAGAGGACAGGUGGGGGUGUAUAAGUCAAUGGUUACUGAGAGGGCUACUGUGUGUGUUCCACCCUCCUCCCAUCUCUCUCUCACCUUCUCCUCCUCUCCUGUCCUCCACUAUUGGGGGGUCUGUGUGUGAUUUGAGCCCCGCAUCUUGUAAUUUGGGCGGGGCGGAAGACGGCAAGCUGUACUUCAGAUGUCUACCAAGAUGGUAGAAAAAGAUCCAAGGGAGAGAAGAAAAGAAAAGAUGAGAUUCUCUGCCGAGUUUGCCAUUUCUAUAGCUCUAUGAUUUCUGUUCCUUUCUUUUUUACAAUAGAAUCACGUUAAUACGAGGACAGGGCUGUUAUUUUUGUUAACAGAAGAAUGAAUCAAUCUUUUGUUUUUGUAGUUGGAACAAACAAUCUUAUUUAAAGAUGUAUUUUAGUGAAGCACAGACCCGUUCUAUUCCUCUGCCGGUCUUCCACACAUCAUUGCUAACUAACACGGCUGUGUGAGUGUAUACAAGCUUGUGCGAUCACCACACACACUCCCCCUAGCGCUCAACGGUUUCACCAAUAUUCACUAAAGAGAGAAACAAUGAAAUCAGGGUUUUUCUUGAAAGAAAUUGUAAGAUGCAGCAGUUGAUUUAUUGAUUCAUUGAUUAGUCUGCCUUUCCUCCUGCUCUCAUCUCUUCGCCUGAGCGGAAUGAUAAGGUGUGUGUGUGUGUGUGUUUGCGUGGUGCACACGGGAGGCCAUUGCCUGGUUCUCCUGUAUCUUUAGCCAAAGGUUGAGCGUGCAAGGAUGAUUUCACAGAGCCUUGAGAAUCCCUGUUGCUAUGGCAGCAUGGUGGAAGGGGAGUUAUUAUUAUGGGCUGUCUGUAAACGGUUAAUACAGACAGACAGACAGACCCUGAAUCCAGUCUGGGAGCUCUCUCCCACAUCCCUUCCUCCCUCAAGAGAAAGGAGGGUAGAAUACACCUCUCCACCACCGCUCACACACCCAUCCUCACGGUGUCUCCCACACUCACUCACUUCCCUGUAGGGCACCCAACCCUGCUGCUACUAACAGAAAGGGAGAGUGAGUACAGUUCAGUGUGGCUUUCUGUUAACCCUCACCAAGAGGGAACGAGACAGAAGGGGGAGAAAUAAAACAAAAUUAGAAAAAGCCUUGAGUUGAACUGUAGACUGUAGUUCUGCUGCAUUUCGGGGCAGAAUGACAGGUUUUAUAGUGUUGAGAGGAGAGAUCGGUUCCGUCUCCUGUCUCAUCUCACUUCCACUCACUCAAGCCUACACCACUCAUCGCUGGUUUACCAUGGUGACAAGGGUCCUUCAGAAAUGUACAGUAGUAUGCUCCCCUAGUGGGGAGGGGGCUAACCCCCUCUAACCAGAACAUGGGAUGAGGAACCUUGUGUAGGAGGACGGGGGGUGAUGAUGGGUUUUGUUUUUUCUUUUACUUGUACAGGGGGUACCUUGCUGUAUUAAAAUAUGUACGGUCUUACAUUCUUGGUUUUAGUUAAGAAACUAAUAAAAUAAUAUGCUGUUUAAAAAGUGA